GACAAGGCGUUCAGAUCUCUCUGCCUCUCUGCGUCUGUGGCCUGUGGGACAAGACAAUGGGCUUUGAGCGAGCAGCGAAAAACUGAGGGCGAGCGAGCAAAAGUCAAAAGAUGGAGAAAAAGAGAGUGAGUUUGGAGGGAAAGAAGGUGAUGAUGGUACCGUACAUGGAAGCACACGUGCCAAAAUACCAUGAGUGGAUGCAAGACCCGGCUCUCCUUCAAGCCACCGGCUCUGAGCCCCUCACCCUUGACCAGGAGUUCCACAUGCAGCUCUCCUGGACCCAAGACCCCCAGAAGCAGACUUUCAUUGUAUUGGAUAAGGAGAUGGUCGUUGGAGAGUUCAUUCAUGGAGACCCCCAUGUUGAAGCCAUGGUUGGUGAUGUGAACCUAUACAUGAACGACUUGGAUGAUCCCCAUAUGGCAGAAAUUGAGAUAAUGAUUGCUGAACCGAAAAGUCGGGGUAAAGGACUUGGAAAGGAAUCUAUCUUGAUUAUGAUGGCCUUUGCAGUUGAGAACUUAGGGAUCUGCAUCUUCCGCGCUAAAAUUGGAGACUCAAACGGAGCAUCUCUUACCUUGUUCCAGAAAUUGGGAUUCAAAGAGGCUUCUUAUAGUGAAAUCUUUAAAGAGGUGACUUUGGAGUUACAAGUAACAAAGCCCAGGCAUGAGGAGCUGCUGAAUUUGUUGGGUAAUGUCAUUACACAUACAUAGGCCUAGGGGUGUUAGAUGAGCCUAGCUGCUCGUAAACUCGGUUCGACUUGGCUCGCUUAAACUCAAUUUGGUUUUGGUUCGAAAAAUAAAUAAGCUGUUUAUGAACACAAUAAUCUAGUCGUAUAUUAAAUAAGACGUAGUUGUAUAAACUUGGUUCAGCUCGUUCAAAGCUUGUGAGCUUGGCUUGUAAAAAUUCGACUUGACUUGUUUGGCUCAAA